GAUAAAUAUCCCAUUACUAACGCUUUCUUCUCUUUAUAUCUCUUUCUCUCUCUCGAUCACCAUUUAUCAUUUCAUUUUCUUUAUCCUGUUUCUUCACUUUUCUAUAUCACUUUCUUCAAAACUAUAUUAAGGUAUGAUGAGUUCUUUACAAGGUCCAGUUGUUUGCCCCUCUAUGCAUAGGAAGCAAGGAGGGGCUUGUAGAGUACCUGUAGUUAACGGGGGUUUAUCGAAGGCUAAAAGUCUUAGAAGUGAGAUUUGGGGAUAUAGAGGUGUUUAUAGCUAUCGGGUGCAUAUGCGUGGUCAACCUAAGCUAAAGACCAUUAUGUGUACUUUUAGUUCGUCCUCAAAUGGCAAUGGUAGUAUGGCGGAAAGUUUCAAUGAGAAUGACUCGGAUUAUGUUGAAUCUAGUGUUGUGGAAGCUGUUGAGGUGAAGAGCGGGCCAGAGGGGUUCUUGGUUAAAAUGAGGGAUGGCAGGCAUCUAAGAUGUGCACAUAACAAUCCCCAAAAUGGGCAUCUUCCUGAUUAUGCUCCACAUCCUGCAAUUGUUCUGAAGAUGGAAGAUGGAACAGGCCUUUUACUUCCAAUAAUUGUUUUGGAGAUGCCUAGUGUACUGCUCAUGGCAGCAAUUCGGAAUGUUCAAAUUGCCAGGCCAACUAUGUAUCAAGUGGUGCGGGAAAUGGUCGAUAAGAUGGGUUAUAAAGUCAAGCUUGUCCGAGUUACCAAGAGAAUACAUGAGGCGUAUUUUGCUCGAUUAUAUCUCACAAAGGCUGAUGAUGAAAGUGAGUGUGUUAGCUUUGACCUUCGUCCGUCAGAUGCCAUUAAUAUUGCUGUCCGGUGCAAGGUUCCAAUACAAGUGAACAAGUUCUUGGCGUAUAAUGAUGGUAUGAAGAUUGUUGAAUCUGCAAAGCCUUCAUUUCAAGGAUCUUCUUCAGAUGGUUUGUUAUUUAAAGAAUUGGACAGGCCAAAUGGCCAGCCCUGUGUUGAGACCAAGGAGUUUAAUCUAGUUCGGAAUAUGCUUGUUGCUGCAGUUGAGGAACGCUACAGAGAUGCCGCCCAAUGGAAGGAUAAGCUCACUCAACUCCGAUCCAAGAGGAACUGGGCGUAACAGGAGGAAGAAUCUGUACAUAAUUGGUCUCUCAAAAGUAAUUAUUACGCGAAGCUUUUAGUCUAAUAUGUAUCAAGGGUUGUAAAUAUGUGUUGUAAACUGUAGCACGAUACAACUGUCGUGGACAUUCCUAUUUUAGCUUCCUUGGUGCGAAACUUUGCUCAUUUGCAUUGUUCCAUCACUGCUCUAAGAAAAAAAAGCUAAAACCAUCAAAGUGUCGAUAUAUCAAAGGCUUGUUUGGGAUUCACAUA